CGGCCAGCUUGCCCAGCCAGGCUCAGUAGUGGCGCAGACGUAGACAAGGCACACGGCACAGCUCACACCACUGCGCCAUGCGGCCGGCGCGAUGAUUAGAGCGAUCUUGAUCAUGAGCAGUUUGGCCGGAGCGAUGGUGUCCACGCCUCGGCUGCGCGCACAAGAUGUGGGCGACGCAGCGGCACUCCACGCUAGAUUUGUCGACUACAGCGACGAGCCAUUAAGGCACAAGAUCGACAACUCGAUAAAAAUCCUCGAGGACGCGUUGCGGGUGUUUGGGCCCGAUGCCGUCUACGCCUGUGUGGAAAUCAACCAGUGUGUCGGGUGCACCCGAUAAUUCUUCAACAAGUCAUUGCUCGGCGACGAAGCGGUGAGAACCGACAUCGCCACGCCAUCGAGCAGGCGUCGCAUCGAUGGCGUGGAGAACGACCGCGCCGUAAAUUUGAUUUCCACACAGGUCUACGCGUCCUUCAACGGAGGGAAAGACGCCUGUGUGAUCUUGCACUUAUUACGAGCAGCUAGACACGCCCACGCCGUCAAAAGUUCGAAUAGAGAAAAACCGAAAUGUAUUUACUUCGACGCGUCCGACGACUUCGGGGAAGUCCGCACCUUUGUGAGAGAUACCUGCGAGGCGCUAGCUGAUGAGUUAGCCGUGGAGCCCGUGGCGCCGGACGUCGGCUAUGUCGAUGGUCUCAAAAAACUCGUGAGCGACGCGAAGCCCCGAGCAUUAGCGUUUGUGCUCGGCACGCGCCAGGGCGACCCGAACUGCGGCGACCAGAAGCCCUUCGAGCCGUCGUCGGAGUGGAUGCCGGCGUUCAUGCGCGUGAACCCUAUUUUGGACUGGAGUUACGGUGAUGUUUGGAGCUUCUUGAGGACGUUCGACCUGCCUUAUUGUUCCUUGUACGACGAGGGCUACACUUCACUAGGAUCAGUCUCAUCGACGAAACGAAACCCGGCGCUCCUAUCAAAUGAGGAGUACAAGCCGGCCUUUAUGUUGGAGGACUGGUCGCUCGAGCGAGCCGGUCGCGUCGAGAAGCCGAAAAAAAAGGCCGCGGUCGUGCCCUAGGAACUGUCUAAUUUUCUAUCGUCUUUCUUCUUAACACACAUACAUGCGUCGCCUCGACGGCGUCGGGGGUCGUCGGCGUCGGCAGCGGCACGAGCGGCGCGGCGCCACAGGCGAACGCGGGGCGCGGGCGCGAGCGGGCGGCUCCGACAAGGAAAG